UCCUUUGUAUCUAUAUGGCCAUGUAGGUACCUAUAGCUAUGUAGGAAUAUAUUAUGGUUAAUAUUGAAAAAGUGCUAAAUAAGUAUUAAAAUGUCGUAUAUUUGGAAAGCCUUAUUGGUUAUAUUAGUGUUUGUAAAACAAGCUGAGUUAGCUUUAACUCUCCGAAAGUUUGUUCACCAGAAGGACAUGUCGGAACACUGUCGGAGGCGCGUGAUGCCCUCAGUAUUUCUUGGCAAGCAAGUGGUGGACGCGUACUCACAAAUCAUGCACUUCUCGCGACUGGAAUUACCCUACAGUUGCUUUAUUGGUGUAAGGACGGAGUCUGGUAGUAAUAUAAUACUGGUAAUCCAGCUGGUAUCCAACAAAACCCUGAUAGAAUCAUGCCGUAAAAAUAAAAAUCAGCUUCUAGUUUAUGAAUUAGGGGAGACGUUCGGUGGUUAUUGGGGCGCCAUGCCACAUGGUGUUAUGGAUAUGCAGCCCAAGGAAGAUGAACGUCUGUAUACCAUAAAAACUACGCAACCUACGACUACCACGAAACAGAAGACGAGAAUUCAUACGCCACCCCCUACAACGUCGACAACCGAGUCGGAGGACAUUAAGAAAACUGAGAAGCAGCCAGAUGACUAUGUUGUGGAGAUACCCCUAGUCAAUGUGUCGUUUAAAUUGGUGCCCGGGCAACUGCCACCCAAAACCAUCUUCGACACUGAGGAGAUUUUUGAUAAAAUGUUUGAUGUUAAACCAUGGCCUAAUGUGACAUAUAAGACGACGGUGCUGCCUCUGCUGCAGUUCUCGUUAGAAGACAAUGACACAGGGGGCGCGCUCCGCACUCCCGUCGCUGUUGAACCCGAGCCUCCGCAGUUCCAAUUCGACUUCAAUUCUGAUUUAUUCACACCAGACUACAGAUUAUCUUACCCUGUAUUUAAUUUACCGACUAAACGUCCACAACACAAGUACUACGAUAAUCAUAGACUUGACUUUAAAAAAAACAAAAUGUUGCUGGCUGAAAAACAAUCUUUAUUCUUGAAGACAUCUUUACCUAAGUUUCAAUAUCCUACUUUUGUGUCGCGGGCUCGCGACAUAUUCACAAGCCAUCAUCGAACUUCACAAUCUACGUUAAAUAAGGAACAAGCCCCCGAGUCUUGGGAUGCAGUUAACGCCAUUUUGAAAAACCUGAAUAGGGCUGAAUAUGUUGAUGGCAAAGCAAGAGUUGAUGAGAACUUGGAAAAUCUUUUGCAGGGACUUGCGAAAAUUGGAACCAACGAAACUGGUUCAGUACCAAACGUGUCGAGUGACCAUCCAACGACCGCUUCAUGGCAUAGCACGACGCAGUACAAAACCGACGCCAUCACAUGGAGACAACCGUCGGCCACUUACCGGACAAAUUAUUUGGAUGAUGAAGUAGAGGAUACAGCGACAACACAAAUUUCCAGUAGUAACAUAGAUGGCAGCACUGAGAUUCUGCUACCUGCUUUAGACCUAGAUACAGUUGUUUUAAAUGUGACACAAUUGGAGAACAAUGAGCCUUCAUCUUUAAUCGAGUCGGCAACGUCAAUAGCAGGAGUAAACGAUACAUCCACACCUUUAUCUACAACCUCAAUAGAAAGGCCUUUGACUCUACUAGACCACGAGUCGUUUGAGAACAUGGUACACGCAGCGUCUCUAAUGGCAGUAGCGCUGAACCAAUCCGUCACGCCCCGCGAGGACGUUGACACGCGGGGCGACAACGCUACCGUAUCCACACCGAGUAGUGCUACACCGCAGCAGCGCAAGAAACGGUACAUACACGCCAUUCCCAUCGAACAUGUGAAGCCUCAUUAUCUGCCAGUCAAGAUGGAGAUUCCAACCUCGACCCCUUACAGCGACAAAAUAUCGAAUGCGCAAGAGUUUCAGCGACUUAUCGAAUUGCAAGAUGACGAGAUCCACGACCGUGUGGCGUUACGCUACCUGCGGCAGUACGUUGGGCCAGUGCUGUUCAAUAUCUGUGACUAUGAUGAAGCAUCUGCAAGACACGUUUACCUGUUCAACUCAUCCAGACUUGUGCUCGCUAUUUCCAAUUUUACUUUGGACCGUAUGACGGUGGUGGUAACUCCUGCACGCACUCUGCUGUCCAGCGAUGCGCAGUGUCCGUCGUCGAACCUCGAGUGCCAGGUGUCCGGCGCACGCGUCUGUAUCGACUCACUCAGUGCUUGCGACGGCGUUCCCAACUGUGGCUCAUACGACAUAUAUGAUGAGGAUCGUCUGACGUGUGGAAGAUCAGCGGGACUCCAGCACAAUGUGUGCCUUGCAGCCAUAACUUUCUUGGCAGUUUUACUUACUCUGCUAUAUAUCGUGCACUACUGGCUCAAGCGAUGCGUGCCCAGAGUUUCUGAUGCCUUUUUCAUAUACACUGACGCUGCUGAGAAUGUUUUAUACUUGGAUCCGAUUAUGAGGUCUCCACAUGACACCGAUGGUCCAAAGGAGUUCUAUCGAGGCGGUGACAUUCAUUAUGACAUGGAAUGUAGAGACAUGGAAAUUAAAAGAAAGUCAGUUAGUCCUUAUAUUAUGCGAUUUCUCAGAUUAUUUCGAUGGAGACGUAAAUCAAAAGGUGAUGCGACACCCACAAAGAAAGAAUCUGAAUUUGACUUAGACCGCCCACGAAUUUAUUCGUAUGGUGAAGUUGAGUUAAAUAAAUUGGGAGUUCCUGAAUUUACAGAUAUGGCAGUACAAACAGGUUCAAGUUUAAUUGAUUCGGGUUCACUUGUUGUUAACGUGUCAGAUUCCAUCAAAUCACCGGAGUUUGAUUCUGAGAUGGAAGACAUAGUAACUUUUUACGAAGGAAAGCGAAGAUCAACGGACAUCAAUUUUGUUGAAGAUCGUAUGUCCACUGAACGCGAAUCUGAAGAGUUGAGUAUUUUGGACUUCUUCAAACGGGCAAGAUCUGUUUCUGUGGACAUGCCACCUUAUCGCGACGAAAGUGGUUCAGAUUACUUAACUCAACUUUCACCCGAAAGAGAAGAAGAAGAGGAAAUACAAAGCCUUGAUUAUGGACCAAGCGUCGUUGUGCCAGAAAACGUCAUUUCAGUGAAUACGGACAUAAGUGAGAAAAACGUUGAACAUGCAAAUGUCCAAAAGAAAUUAAGAUUUGAAGAAAUUAAGGCGUCACAAAGUGAGAAUGUAAAAGACGAGGAGGCAGUUCAUGAACGUGGUCGGCGGCGGAGCGUGGUGUAUGGGAGCGGGAAGAAUCUGCACUCAGAUCAGUCGGACUCCGGCGGCCAAAUCGAAGAGCCAAGCACCAGUACCAGUAAGAAAGCAUAUUUUUGGGGCAGCAGUAAAAACAAACCUAAAAAACCACCUAAGAAAAAGACACAAUUGUUGAAAUUUUAA